CUGAGCUAUAAAAGAGCUGAACUGUAAUGGAGACCCCAUCACACUGCAGUUCGCUGUUACGCAGAGAAGAUGAGCGCACGGAUAAUGAAAUCCAACCCUGUCAUGAAACUGAUAUUGCUCUUCACGGCUUCCUUUUCAUGGGCCUUUCAGCAGCAAGCCGUUCCACUAAAGUAUCAGUACAGAGAUCCCGUGACGUCUCAGGUCCGCUCUUGUGACCAGUGCCCUCCCGGUACAUCCGUGAAACGACACUGCACCGCUGACACGCCCACUGAGUGCCAGCCCUGUCCUGAGAGACAUUUUGCCGAGAACUGGCACUGGGGGGAUACAUGCCAAUACUGCACCUCAGUGUGUAAGGAGAGACAAGUUGUAAAGCAGCAGUGCAACAGUACACAUGACCAGCUCUGUGAAUGUAUACCGGGAUACCAUCUAGUGGUGGAAUUCUGCAUUGCACACAGUACCUGCCAGCCUGGAGAGGGAGUCAUUGCUUUAGGUACACCUGAAAGUGACACUGUGUGCGAACGCUGUCCUGACGGUUAUUUCUCUGCUGGCGGUUCCUCCACCGAGCCGUGUCGGCCCCACAGAAACUGCGCGGAUUUCGGCAUGAAGACUUUGAGAUGGGGCACAUCCUCAUCAGACAGUCUGUGUGGCUCCCCUGACAUCAAAGCAGCUCUGGACUGCUCUCAGCAUCACACUCUGUGUCAUAAUGAUGUGACUCUUUGUGAGGAGGCAGUUUUCCAGUCCCUUGCCUCACUGCGGCUGUCUUCAGUGCCUCUGGAGCGAAUCCUUGAGAAUCUUCCUGGACAAAAGGUGGAUCUCAAGAGCCUGGAGAGGCUGAAGAAGGCAUGCUCUCACCAGCAGCAGGUCUUGCAUCUGCUGCGGCUGUGGAGGGAACAGAACAAAGACAAGUUGUACGGUAUCAUACAAGGUGUGAACCACUGUGAGAGAAAGGUGUCCCGCUGCAACGUUCUGAAAAACCUGACCAUAGAUGACCUCAUUAGGGUGACCAACAGCCUACCAGGGAUUAAAGUUCAGGAGCAGGAUGUGAAAGCCAUUGUGUCCACCUGUCUGCCCAGGCAGUACCUCCUACAGAUUCUCCACCUGUGGAAAACAACAAACUACAACUUGGAUCUGGCGAAAGGUCUGUCUCGUAGUCUAAGGGAGCUUCGCAACCAGGGGGCUCCGCGCUACCUAAUCAAGGGGCUCAAGAAAAUCAGCCGCAUCAUAGAAACUACAUCAGGGCACAAGAAGUACGAGAAGAUGUUUAUGAGCAUGUUUCAGGACGAGUCUUGCUUUAAAGUUCAUAAGCCUUUAAAUGAAUAAGUUUCUUAAGUAACAAAAAAAAAAAAAAAACAGUGCAGCCCACAGCAUUUCCAAAACACAACUACUUUGUGGGAUUGAGAGUGAAGCAACUACAGUGUGCAUUUUGAACAUCCUCAGGUCUCAGAAAAAGAAAGUUUUCAGUUAUCUGGUCGAAGCAAAAUAAGGUAUUGUAUCAGAUAAAAGCUUCAGGUACCAGAAAAGAGGCAUUGGGUAUAAUAAAAAAGCUAAGUAAGAAAAAGUAUUUUUAAAAAGUAUAUUAAAAAGGCAGCCUGUUGCAGGCGAUGCUCAUGUGUCAUUACCGUGUUACAAUGUUCAGAUGGUUCAUGAUGUCACCAAAAACUGUGGGUUUAAGCUGGAAAUACACCAACUGAAAUAUUAUGAGGUUUAUGAUACGAUUAAAAUAGUAACAUAAACAUUUUUAUAGUUUAAUAUUUAACCCUUUACUGUCACAUCUGCCAGACGUACACAUGUGGAUACAAUGGUUAGUACCCCUCAUUUAAAGAAAGAAAACCCCACAAUGGUCACAGAACUACUUAAAUCUGACAAGAUCAAUAAUAAAAAAAAAAA